AUGUCGGGCAGUGCAUAUACUGUACUCACCUCACAGCUGUGGUUAACCGCUGAUACCAAAGCCGCACUGGCUCGACGUUCGGUCCCGUUACAGACCGGAGCUAUCAGUGGAUCGAAUCCACGAAGGAGACAAGUUACAGGAACAGAAGAGGGGCUCGCAGAUCAGGCUGCUGGGCAGCUUGGGGAGACGGGUUGGAAGGAGGAUGGUGGGGAGAGAGACAAGCCAGGCGGGAGAUGA